CGCCUGCUCCAGAGGCGGGUCCAGGCGGAAGGGGCCUCCUCGGGGGAACCAGGCGGGGUCCCAACAACACAGAGAGGCUCGCACGCCAGGCGUCCACUCCUCGCCAGACCCCUAUCCCGUCCGUGUACACACACACGCACGCUGACCCCAAGCAGGAUCCAAAGCAAGCUUCAAAAGAACAUCUUUGCGUUUUCUGCCAGCUCCCCAUCAUCAUAUAAGCGAGGAAGAAGCAGGCACCUCCAAGGGAGCAAUGUCUCUCCAGAGGAGCCAUUCAUUGCUUCUGCUCUUGCUGCUGACCCUGCUGGGGCUGGUGCUGGUACAGCCCUCCUAUGGCCAGGAUGACAUGUACCAACGAUUCCUGCGGCAACACGUGGACCCUGGGGUGAGAGAUGGCAGUGAUCGCUACUGCAACUUGAUGAUGCAAAGACGGAAGAUGACUCUCUAUCAGUGCAAGCCCUUCAACACCUUCAUCCAUGAAGACAUCUGGAACAUUCGUAGUAUCUGCAGCACCACCAGUAUCCAGUGCAAGAAUGGCAGGAUGAACUGCCAUGAGCGUGUAAUGAAGGUCACAGACUGCAGGGAGACAGGAAGUUCCAGGGCUCCCAAUUGCAGAUAUCGGGCCAUCGCCAGAACUAGGCGUAUUGUCGUUGCCUGUGAGGGUAACCCAGAGGUGCCUGUGCACUUUGAUAGAUAGACGCCACCUGUCAGGGGUUAUGGCCCAGCAGUUGGCCUUUCACUUACUCCUUGAAUAGCAAUGAGUAAAGCAUUUGAGCUGUCCAGGCUCUGUCUCCUCUGCUUAUUUCUUAUUCUUUUUCUCUAUAUACCCAUUCUGUUAAAUAAAAUCACAGAGAAGUGGAGACAUAAACCUAUAAGAAGUCUGGGCUUUUCUAUAAUAAGCUUCCUUUUAUAAUACUAGUCAACUUAGCUCUCUCAAAUCCUUUCCUUUGGAAUUUAGUCAUUAUUUUUAUUUCUAUAGCAUUUCAAGCAAUUCAAAGUGCUUUCGUCUAAAUUUUUUCAUUUUAACGCCACAGUACCCCUGUAACGCUGCUGCUGAUAUUGUUAUAUAUACUAACCUGAAGUCAAGGGAUCUGCUAAAGACCAUGAAGUUAGUGGAAAUGCUGAGACAAAAAUCCAGUUUAACUGGCUACUAAUCUAGGGUAUUUUCCACUUCAUUACAAGGAGUAUUUUGAAACUAUCUUUUUUUUUGUUAUGCCCAAAACUCAGCUGUUGGGGGAAGCAUUAAAAAUUUGGAAAUAUGUACUGGCAAAACAAGAGCUCUAUCUGUAUAAUUUGGCAAUUUUGUUGUGUUUGGAUCUAAUAAGAUCAAGAAAUGAUACAAGGAAUUUUCUUUUUCUCUUCUCAAACUGUUGAAUCACCCUCGUAAGUCAAAGUAUUAAAAAUAUACUAGAUCAUUAAGAAUCAUUCCCUCUUCCUGAAUGAAAGAUAUUUCAUGUUUUCCUUAUAGUAAAGGACUUAAACUGCA